AUGAACAGAGACGAAGGAGAACGUCCAGAUGUCGGCACUCUCUCUGGAGAGGAAGUGGCGAAGCAUAACUCGCGCGAUUCUUGUUGGGUGAUCGUACAUGGAAAAGCCUAUGAUGUGACAGAGUUCUUGCCCGAACAUCCCGGUGGUCCCAAGAUCAUUCUCAAGUAUGCAGGCAAAGAUGCUACCGAAGAAUUCGACCCGAUCCAUCCGCCGGACACUUUGGACAAAUUCCUACCCAAGGACAAGCACCUGGGAGCAGUGAACAUGCAGACAGUUCAGAAGGAAGAGAAAGAGGAAAGCCCGGAAGAGAAGGCGAGACAAGAACGCAUCAAAAACAUGCCACCUCUCGAAGCUUGCUAUAAUCUCAUGGAUUUCGAAAGUGUCGCACGGCACGUCAUGAAAAAGCCAGCCUGGGCAUACUACAGUUCCGGUGCAGAUGAUGAAAUCACCAUGAGGGAGAACCAUUCUGCUUUCCAUAAGAUCUGGUUCCGGCCCAGAAUUUUGGUGGACGUCGAAAACGUUGAUAUCAGCACCACCCUCCUCGGGACCAAAUGCGACAUCCCUUUCUACGUCACGGCCACUGCUCUCGGAAAACUGGGCAAUCCUGAAGGCGAGGUGGUUUUGACACGAGGAGCGAAGAAACAUAAUGUCAUUCAAAUGAUCCCGACAUUAGCUUCCUGCAGUUUCGACGAAAUUUGUGAUGCGCGGGAGGGUGAUCAAUGCCAGUGGCUCCAACUAUAUGUCAACAAAGACCGAGAAAUUACCAAGAACAUUGUUCAGCACGCCGAAUCUCGAGGAUGCAAAGGUCUCUUCAUCACGGUCGACGCUCCUCAGCUCGGUAGACGAGAGAAGGACAUGCGCAGCAAAUUUACAGAUACCGGAUCCAACGUUCAAAACACUAGUGGUGAGAAUGUAGACCGAUCACAGGGUGCCGCCAGAGCUAUUUCUAGCUUUAUUGAUCCCAGUCUCAAUUGGAAAGAUAUUCCUUGGUUCCUGAGCAUUACCAAGAUGCCAAUCAUCCUCAAGGGCGUUCAAAGAGUCGAGGAUGUCCUGAAAGCUAUUGAAGUGGGAGUUCAUGGCGUUGUUCUCUCCAACCAUGGAGGUCGACAAUUAGACUUUGCACGAUCUGGUGUUGAAGUGCUCGCGGAAGUGAUGCCUAUGCUUCGCGAGCGCGGCCUGCAAGAUAAGAUUGAGAUUUUCAUCGACGGUGGUGUUCGGCGAGCGACGGACAUCAUCAAAGCUCUUUGUCUAGGAGCCAAAGGUGUAGGUAUUGGACGACCUUUCCUGUUCGCCAUGUCUGCUUAUGGUCUACCGGGCGUGGAUCGGGCAAUGCAGUUGUUGAAAGAUGAAAUGGUGAUGAAUAUGAGGCUCAUCGGGGCCUCUAAAAUUGAAGAUUUAACGCCCGACAUGGUGGAUACAGCCGGUUUGAAAUACCAUACGGCUCCGGUACCUCAGGACACGCUUGGUCUCCGAUCGUAUGAUCCUCUGAUCACUCCGAAUGACAUGUUGAAAUCUAAACUAUGA